UUCUGCAGAGUUGUCAGUAAACACUAGAUCUACCUUUAACUUUCUAAGCUCAGCUGUGCUAACUGUUGCUUAUAAGCACAAGUAAACAACUUGGGAACAUACAUCUUCAACUGCUCAUAAUGGGACUAGAUGUGGAAUCCUUUGUUGACAAGGUGGAUCAAAGCCUUCUCUGUCAAAUGUGCUCCAAAGUUCUUGAAGAGCCAAUGGUUGCUGACUGUGGUCACUCUUUCUGCAACCCCUGCAUGCAAAAAGCUCUAACAAAGAAGAGAGUUACAUGCCCUACAUGCAGACAAGUCAUCACUAACGACCAACUGAGCCCAGCUGGGGAUGAUCUAGUGGAACAGCUAGGAAAGCUUUCUCUCCAUUGCAAAAACCAAGCCUCUGGCUGUGAGACGGUCACUCACUUGAAAGAAAUGGACGCACAUGUUGGGACUGAGUGUGAGUAUCGUCUUGUUCCAUGUGAGCACAAAAGUUGUGAUUCUAGUGUCCCCCUUCUCAAACUGGAGAGUCACAUGGACACUUGUGAUUAUCGCAUCGUUGAAUGCAAAGUCUGUAAGACGUGCGUGCCCCGUAAAGACAUGCCUGCUCAUCAAGCUGUCAAAAGAUGUUUCGAGCAACUCAACAAGAGACGAAUGGUCACAAGCGCCCGUAGAAUCUCGCAAGAGCUUCGAGAACACAGAGUAGACUUGGUUCGUGAUCGUCAUCUGACUGAACAAGCUGAGAGACACUUGGUGAAAAGACAUUACGGUAUGGACGAGAGUUCAAGGCAUCGAAGAGCAGUGAGUGCAGGACCAGUGCUGAUGAGGUCUAUCGAGUCUAGGGUGGGGAGUGCAGUGGUUCCACACUAUUCCAGGAACCUGAAGAGUGCUGCUCUCGACUCGUGUCGGGGGUGUACUAACAAGUUCACAGCUGGUAGACGGCCCAGUGCAAGGAGACACUCCCACUUAAAGGUAGGUUUUAAUUUAAGAGUUUCUUUGUAUUUUUUGUAUUGUAGAGCAGCCGAAAAUUAAGUUCUAUGUCACUAUCCUGAGCUGUUCGAUACGAUAUUUUAAACUGCAUGGGUAGUUUACAAAAAUGUGCACUAACAAAAAUUACCCACUGUACGGUAUGUUAUUGUGUAUUAUUGUGAUCCUUCCAUGCUCAUUAUCAACUGGCCGGGCUCUUCCUUCUCCUCUUCAAAUAGCCAUGUGACCACUGUCAAAAUUGGCGGAGAUGGAAUGGUCCUAGAGGAUGGCCUAGUGUCAUGUCCUAAACAACACUACCUCGUCUGUUUUAAUAUAAUUACAUGUGUAUUGCUAAAAUGAAUGUUCCUAUAAUUUAUAAGUUUGAAUUUGUC